UCGUGAUUCUAUACAUCCUUAGGCAUGCAACAGUCUAAGCCGGUGUGAGACACCCACGUUUCUCGGUCCUUUUUUCUCUGUCACUCAGCCGGCUUCAGGACGUCUCAAGAUUAGCUACAACUGCUUCCAAGAUGAAGACAUUGUCUGUACUUAUCGUUGUUCUUAUCGGCACAGCAUUUGCCCAGAAUGACGAGAGCAACGAACAGGUUGAUGCAGCUGCUCAGAUGGGUACCGACAACGCGGCCGGUGGGAUGGCAGGUGAGGUCGAUCGGCAGGGGAUGGGGGUAUUCUUCGGAAACAUCGGCGGGAAGGUCGUCCCCAAACCACAGAUGACCGGUCAGGGAGAAGGCGACGUGGAGAGCACUGAGGCCGGAGGUGCCGCCAUGGAAGCUGCUGCUGUCGCAGAGCAGAAUGGGGAGGAGGAGGAGACAGAGGAGAAGACUAACGAGCAAAACGAACCAGAAGAAGAAUCGGAGGCAGCUGAGGCUGGGGAGGAGAAUGAAGAGAUGGAAGGAGAGGAGGCUGAUGGUGAGGAAUCAACGGGAGGUAUGCCGGUUAUGGACGGCGAGGAGAACGAGGAGACCCCGGCGGGAGGCACUAAUCCCUUCAUCGCUAUCAAUGGAGGACAACCUGAGGGUGAGGGUAUGGACGCUCCAGAGAUGGUUGGUGGUGACGGGGAGGGAGCUGAGAUGGGCGAAGCUGGCGAUGAGAGCUCUGAAGUUUCCGAAGGAGCUGCACAGACAGCCGGAGUUACCACGGAUAGCGAGGAGGAGCAGGGAGCCGCCAUCGGUCAACAGAGUGAGGCUGAUGUUGAGAGCUCAGAGGUUGCCGAGGAAAGUGAACAUGAAUCCUCAAGCGUGAUGACCACCAGCGGAGGGGUCCCUGUCGAAGAGGUACCCGUGGAGAAAGAGGCAUCAGUUGACAAUGAGGCACCAAUGGAUGAAAAUAAACCAGUGGAUAUAGAGGAACCGGUGGAUAACAAGGCAACAGAGGAUACCGAGUCAACUGACCUCAAGUUGAACAAACUUGCUGAAAAGGCAAAGCAGCUUUCUGACGGGGUCACGACUGAGCAGCCUGGUGCCACCACGCCCCCACCCACAGAGGAUAAAGAUGAUAAAACCUCACAGGGGCUGAGUGACGCCACCAAGACCCGUAUUGCAAUAUCGGUGUCGUCCAUCGGAGCCGUGGCACUGGUAGGUGUUAUCGCUAUGGCUAUUGGAAAGCAUACACAACGACGACCUAACUCUGGACCACCAGCAUAGAUCGUAUGGCAUUACACUUAGUAUUGAUAGGCCGAGUCCGAAUUGGCGGCUAUAACUACGGCUACGGCUGUUUCUACGUUUGUUGCUAAGGACGUAUCUUGCGUCAAAGCUUGACGACGCUGAAAUAUAGCUGUAGCCGUAGCUGUAGCCGCUAAAUUGGACACGUCAUUUUAGACCCAACGUUGAUCGGUAGCCAUUGCUGUCAGAGCUCAUGUCUACAACGGUGUUAGAAGACCAUAAUACACAAAUUCAAAAGUAAUCAGACUUACCGUCUUUUUAAAGUAUUGUUUGUGUUGCGGGGAGUAGUGUGGUCGUAUCAGAAUUGGAGGCUAUGGCUACCUGUUGUUCUGCUGUUGCUAAGGACUUACUAAACUUCAUUACAUGAUGACGCCGUGAUCUAGCUGAAGCGUAACCGUAGCCGUAGCUGUCACUUCGGACACGGUGCAUGAUUGAGAAACAUAUUGGCCAACUCGAUAAACAUAUUUUGUCAAGUGACAUUAACUAUCGAAUACACUUCUAAGUAGUAGAACCUCAAAUUGUAAUGGUCGAACAUAUUAUUAUUUUCUCACGCCCCAGCCCUCCAUGAAAAUAGAGCAACGUAAUACAAUUCUAGACACAUGGUGGCAGCAUACUUACCCGGAAACAGACACUCCCGGAAAAUAGCGCAUUCUAAGAACUAGGUAAUGAUUAAAAAACACUUUACCGGCAAAUCUCUGCAACCAGGACCUAAAGACGCCAAUUUCCUCAUUAUUAAAAGCUGCUUCAUUUUAUAAUAAACAUAUGCAAAAUGCAGUCUAGUGCACAAACAUAAUAAUGUUC